AUGUGGUACGCCGUAUACAUGGACAAUGCUGCUCACAGCAAACACAUCCUCAACGCCCAGGUCGCCGUUCGAUCGCCAUGCUGCCGUAAAUGGUUUGACUGCGCGGACUGUCAUAGGGAACAGGAAAGCCAUGAACUGCUUCCCUCCAUGGAGAUGACUCUUGCUUGCAAGAAGUGCAAGAAGUGCUUUCGAAAGGACGCUGCUGAGUUUGACGAGAGUGGUUUGUAUCUAUCUGACGUUUUGGCUGGCUGCAGUGACGAAUAUUGCCCACACUGCGAUAACCAUUUCGUUAUCGACGCCCUUACGCCGAAACCAGCAGUCAAGGUGGAAGGAGAGGAUCCACGAAAGGAUGCAAGGAUGUUGAAGGAUGAACGAAUAAGGGCAGAGGCCGAACGGUCAAUAUUCGAUGUCAAGGAUGCGCCAAACAGGCUUGGAUAG